AUGCCUUCUGACGAUAUUCCAUUCCCUGUGACUUUUACCGCUGGUGCUGUUGCUGGUAUUUCUGAGGUACUUUCUUUGUAUCCCUUGGAUGUGGUAAAAACACGUAUGCAGUUGACUGUCGGAAAAUCCGAGUAUAAUGGAACUUUUGACUGCUUAAAGAAGAUCGUCCAAAAGGAAGGAGCUUCUCGUCUUUACCGUGGAAUCCUACCUCCUGUUAUGAUGGAAGCUCCCAAGCGUGCUUUGAAAUUCGCUUCCAACGAUGCCUAUGGGAAAUUCUGGCGCAACUUUUUUGGAAGAAAAGAGAAUACACCCGCCCUUUCCGUACUUACUGGUUCAUGUGCUGGUUUCACUGAAUCUUUUGUUGUCGUCCCCUUUGAAUUAAUGAAAAUCCGUCUUCAAGACGUCAACAAUGCUUCCAAGUACAAUGGAACAUUUGAUUGCCUCUCCAAGGUGGUUAAACAUGAAGGUAUAUUGGCUCUUUACAAUGGUUUCGAAGCAACUAUGUGGCGUCACAUCGUUUGGAAUGCUGGUUACUUUGGUCUUAUUCAAAAGGUCCGUGGUUCUCUUCAACCCGCUACGAAUAAGACUGGUGAAAUGUGCAAUAAUCUUAUUGCUGGUACUAUCGGUGGUGUCUUUGGUACUUUUCUGAGUACCCCAUUUGAUGUCGUCAAAUCCCGUGUACAAACUGCUCCUCGUAUCGCCGGUCAAGUCCCCAAGUACAAUUGGGCUUUUCCUGCUCUUUUUACAAUUACUAGGGAAGAAGGCUUUACUGCUAUCUACAAGGGCUUUAUCCCCAAGGUCCUUCGUUUGGGCCCUGGUGGUGGUAUUCUUUUGGUCGUUUUCAACUCGGUCGUUGGUGUAUACCAAAAGUAUAUGGUUUAG